CAAAUUAUGGAGAACUUGUACAGUUGUUUACGAAAUUCUCCUUUACCCCAUCAAAAACCACCAUUGAUGAUAUAAUUUCCUGGUCUCCGGGUCGUUUGAGGUAGAGAUAAUCACGAUGAUGAUGGAGCUCUCAGAUCACUGUAAGAUCACUCACAACAGUCCCGAAGACCCACCCACACCGUACUGUCACAGGAAGAGAAACAACAACAACGAGAAGGUCAAGAAGAGCAACCACCUAUCCCCGAUAUCGUCGUUUUCGUUUGCUUCUUCGUCAUCGUCAUGCUUCUUCUGCACCAUGGACGAGCCCGACCCGUCCCUCCGGAGAGCCGGACUUGCCAAGUGCUUCAAAGAGAUCCCUCUCUCUGACGACCCCGACCAUGUCCUCGUACUCAGCUUCCUCUGGAGCGCUGCCAUGUCCCACCCCGAUGAUCCGGAGUUCCCCUCGCUCGGCCUUUUCGACUGCCUCGUGAAGCUCAUCAGGCGAGGACUGACCGACGGCUCGUGGCUCCUCAAGGACCAGAACAUCUACAUCCCCUACUACGCGUCGCACGUACUCGGGUCGUACGCGAUGAACAAGGCCCAGCUGGCCGAGAAGGUCAUGAAGUCUGGUGCGGUUCAGCCGCUAGUGGAGAUGAUGAGGGGGCGGCUCAGCUGGGUCGAGCAGCGAGUCGCCGUCCGCGUGCUGGGUCACUUGGCCAGCCACGACGCCAGCUUCCAAGCCAUCACAUCUCUUGAACUGCACAUUGAGAUUGUACAACUAGCCAUGGGAAUUGCCUCCAGAUGCCUAGAAGUGAUCUAUAGUGAAUUCAUCUGCAUUAAUGAGUCCAAGAGAUUGAAGUACCAAUGCAACCUAUUAACAAGAGGCCUCGGCGGGGCAGAAGUCGAGAACAGAAAGGCGGAGGAAUGGGCAAUGCAGCUUCAGUCAUGGUCCCUCUACCUUCUCAACUGCUUCGCCAAAAAAGAGAUUUGCCUCGAUUUGAUGUGCACUAAUUAUUUCUUGAAGGAGUUGUGCGCAAUGUGGGGGGGACUGGCCCAUAGUCCGCAAUUGUCAUGUGGGACUAGAUUAAUCCGGACGCUUUGUCGUACCAAAUUCGGGAGGAAGAGAAUCGCAGACUCAAAGGAAUUCAUAUACUUUCUCUGCAACCUGUCUAGGUCAUCGGAUGACUGCCAGGUCAUCGCAAUCGAUGCCCUCCUGAAUCUCCUUAGAGAUCUGGAUACCAGAUACAAAAUCAUAGAUAUAGCGACGGUCUACCUAGUUGACUUGGUCGAGAUGGAGGGCUUGGGGGAUGUGAUCACUCAAGUGCUGCUCCAGGACUACCACAUGGUCAGGUACGGAAAUCUGAAGCUCGGGACCGAGGCGGCCCGCGGAGCGCUAGCUGAGGCGUGGGAGGUGAAGGUCGAGAGGAGGAAGGAGGAGAGACUCAUGACCGAGGACGAGGUUACCAAGAGGAAAUACAUCGUGAGGUCGUUGAGAAAGGAGGCGAACCGUCACUUUCGGUCGGGAGAAAUUGAAAAAGCGACGGAACAUUACACCAAGGCGUUAGAUCACUGUACGCUAAGGAUGACGAGGGAGAGGGUCGUGAUCUACAGCAACAGGGCGCAGUGUCAUUUGGUGAUGAGGCAUGCUGAGUCAGCAAUCAGGGAUGCCACGAGGGCGGUGGCGUUAUCCGGUGCGGCGGGAAUGCAUGGGAGGAGCCUGUGGAGGAGAUCUCAGGCGUACGAUAUGGUGGGCCUCGAGAGGCAGAGCUUGAUGGACUGCCUGAUGUUCAUCAAUCAGAGGGUGAGGAGCGAGGGAGGUGAGGAGAAGAUUCCGUACUACGCGGCUAGGAUGCUGAACAAGCAGAUGAACGCCACGUGGGUGUUCGCUCGGGCGAGAGCUAAGGCCGGAGUCAGCGAAAGUCAAGUUGACUUUGGUGCAAAUAAGGCUAGAAAUGGUACACCAAACAAUCCAAAAGAAGGGAUUUUCUCGACAGAUAGGAGAAAGAGGAAAGCGGGAGGUGGUCGAAGGAGGACAAGACAUGGAAUCAGCAUCAAGCUUUUACCAACAACGUUGCCAAAUAAUUCAAAAAUCGUUGAGCAAGAACAUUAAUGUGAGGACCAAUCGAACUUUCGAAUGUGGAUAUGACUCUGUUAGAAGUAUACAUAAUUAGUGCAGAUACCUUGCAUUGGAUAUGUUUGAGCCGACCAUGUUCACAUCAUGUGAGAGACGUACAAUUGAAAAGAAAUUGAAUAUAUCAUUUCGCA